GGUCACACGGAUGCUUAUUUCAAGGACGCGCUCUGUAAAGUUUUUGGUUUUUUGUAUUUUGUUGUUUUAUGCAUGGAACUAUGCCGGAUGUCGUGUGCUGCAGGUGCGGUUCACUCCCGCACAGUUUGCCAUACUGCAUUGGCGGGACCGGGCGAGAAUAUCAUUGCUUUUGUUGUCUCAAAUCGCCACCACAAAAGUGCAUAAACUGCAAUGCUUGGCGGGAUAUAGACCUGUCCAUGGCGCACACUGGCUGCCCACAGGCUUCGUUUCAUGUUUUUGUGUACACCGAGCCCUGGCCGCCAUUUCCAAGCGAAACAGUCAACAUACCCGCGGUACAACCCUCAUCGGCAGAUCUAAUUCCAUUUAACUAUGAGCCCGAACAGGCGGUGCCAGAGGUUCGGGCGGAGCCGGAAGAUUUGAUUGUGCUUGACGACGACGAAGAGCAGCUCUCCGAGCCCGAGGAUGUGAAACCCCCACGAAAACCACUACAAGAGUCGCAUUGGUAUACCGUCAAUGAGAUAAAGGAGUGGACCCACUGCAUCCGGUGUAAUAAGGAAAGGAAUCGAAUGGCCGGGUGGAUUAAACAUGCCCAAAUGUGCGGUCAAGACCCACAUAAAAAUGCCAAGAAAUUCUUCAUAUACAAUCACAUCAAAGGAUGGUGUAACUACCUGGUGAUGGACUGCCGCUGGGACACACAUAGUGCCCCCAGCACUGGUACUUGCCGCACCUGCCGUACCGGGCGGGAACGUGGCAAUCCCCUUCCGUACAUGCCACAGCCACCGGCCAGACCAAACGAACGCAAGCUGGCCGCACAGAGACUGAGAAACCGACGCAUGAGAAAGCAGCGCCGGAUGACACGCAUGUUUAGUCCGCUACCAUAUUCAGAAGCAUAAAGAUUCACGCUUCAUCAUCGUAGAUACUUAAGAUAG